UUCUGAUAUGCCUUUCUAAGAUGCCCAUAUAAAACUACCGUUCGACGCCAGGCCAUUCCUGCCUUCUGCAACGAGCACAACAAUGUGGGUGCCUCGCCUCUCAAAAGAAACGACGAAGGCGAUCGCACGCCUCCAGCACACAUGGCACCUUGACACGGCCGCCUACGAAGUCCUCAAGCCCUGGGUCCUAGGGGAGAACCUCAGGGCCCUCGACAUGGUUCGUUUUGCACCGCCCGCGGCUAUGGCAGCCGGUGCCGAGCCUCAGUACCUCGACGUCGGUUGUGGGCCGGGAAGCUUCACGAAGGAAACACUGCUGCCCCGAAUGCGACCAGCGUGCCGCCGUAUUGUGGCCGUCGACAGGUGCUACAAAGCCAUACAUUACGCCAGAGAGAAAUUCAGCCACCAACGCAUAGUGUACGACAUCCUGGACAUUGAAUCCCAUGACGCGACGAGCAUCCUUGAACGAUACGGAGCAUUCGAUCGUGUUUUCUCAUUUCUCACUUUCCACUACGUGGCGGACAUCGCAAAGGCGUAUGGCAACAUUUUCAAACUGCUGAAACCUGGAGGCGAGUGCCUGGUGCUCUCCAUCGUUCGAGCCGACGCCAUCGACGUAUGGAACGAAGUGUGCCGGAUGGAAGAGUGGAAACCACUGAUGAUCACGCCUUCAUGUCGGCAUUCCAAGCAUACGACGGUGUGCCUCCAGAGCGGCGAUCUACUCUCAGGGAUUUAUGGAUCGACUUGCUUCAGAAAAGGACCCAUUCCGCUCUUGGAAAAGAAUGCAGCGUUAGAUACACUUUCAGCAUUGUUCACGCAAGAAAGCCAUACAUUUGCGGAUAAGCAUGUCUUGGACGUUUCUGCUUGGAGAGUGGGCAAUGACGCCAACUGUUUCAAACUCCUUUAUAAACGAGAAGUGGCUAUCUCGAAAUUUUUCCGAGCCAAGAUAUUCUGUAAAAAAGAGUUGAAUAACUACAACAUGUGAAAGCAGUUCAGCAAGUGUCUUGUUUCGUAGUGACUUAUUUUAUUUCACAGCCUUUCUUCUUUAUCAUCCGUAGCGCCACCUGGACACUCCCUGUGCAGCGGCUUGCUGGCGUCCGAGCCUACUAACAAGUACCAAAAUAUCGGCAAAUGGAGCGUUUUGUUACGUGGUACAAAUCUUUGUUAGUGAUAAAACAACCGCACAGCGUUAGCUGGAAGCGAGCCUCUGCAGGCCCGUGUGGAUUUGAAGUUGCAGUGCAAUGUCGCUUGAGAUUGUGGCAACUUGUUACGCGCUUUGGGUCGUAUCGGAAAUUCUUUUAGGAUGUCGGUGGCAUCAACACCGUCCACCAUCUACCACCUAGAAUUUUUCUGUCGAUGCACACGUAGUUUUAUACGAACACAAGGUAACCCUUAGAGGUGGACGACACCGAAGAUCAUCUUGAUCUAACGUGACCUUAGUGCGCCCAGCGCUUCUCGCAACUUUAUUAAUUGU